AUGGCUCGUCACCGUCGACCUAUAUCCUCUGCUGCAUCUCCCGACGCCUCCCGCAAGCUUCGCGUUGCAAAGAAAACUACGCCUGAAGCCAAGUUGACCACGAAAGCGCACGAUUCUCCUUCUUCCGACAUCAAAAAGAAACCAAAGGCAACUCAGCAACCCGAGAAAGCGAACAAGCGCGAGAUCACAACCACUGUCUUGCCCCCGGCGAAGCGUCAGAAGAUAUCCAAUACUAAACCAACCGAAGCUCAGUUUGGUACUUCCGACUUUGACGCCACCAAGUCACAGACACCCAAGAAGACGACUCUGUCUGCGCAGAAGGACUCUUCGAAACCGCGUUUCCAGACAUUGCCCGAAACACCUACAAAGGUAACCAAGAAGAAGGUUGAUGAACCAAGCUGUGAGAUACAAGAGGACUCCUCCGAAUCUGACCCUCAGCCCAUCGUGGUCCACAGCGGCCGUACCCGUCGACUCCAGUCUGAGAUUGCUAGACUCAAGUCUCAAAUCGCCAGAGUUCCCAAACUACGGCUCACCAAAGACUUUGCCAGCGCUGAUGGAACUCGUGGCAUGCCACCGAAGACCACGGCCAAUCCGCAUGCCGCAAACAAGGACGCCCAUCAAGACAAAGAACAACUUCGAGAUGAGCAUACUACAACCAACGAUAAGCUUGGCCGGAUACCAAAGGUGCCUGAGGGUUACAUGCUUCUCACCAAGACGGAUCACUUAACCCUGGUACGCCGCACCGACACCGUCAAAAGAAUGGCCAAGAGCUUCAUGAAGUCAGCUGGCGAUGUCGCAGACACGAAGGGCGACAAGAAAAACACCUCGUUGAUCUGUCUGUUGGCCGAGGCUCACUCUCUUUACUUUGGCAUCGAGUCUCUUACCAAUGCUCUUACGAAACUUCCCGUCACAAAGAUACACGAGAAUGAUGUCUCUACGGAGCAGGCCUCCGAUGCCAGGCAGGUCCCUCUUGAGGAGAGGAGUCUGAAAACUACCGAAAAGCCCACUGUGGCUAAGGAGGUUAGCACUGCCGCUGCCAAGCAGGUUGCUGAGGGCCCCGAGAGCCCAGAGUGUGACAUAAUUGCUGCUACGAUGACACAGUUGACGAAUAGGGCUGAGUAA